AUGACUCUCAAAUGCUCACACACCGAUGUUCUUACCCGAGAAUUGCAGACAGGUAUUAGUGAGCAACUGGUGCCGCACCCGAACUCGCCAAAGCUGCGAUCUCCAGGCACCUGCGCAAUUGCUCAAAAGGCCUCGGAAACCCGUGCUGCUGCCGCAAACCAAUGCGUCCACGGAUGCGCUUUUCCAUACCCUCAUCGCCAGGAUGAUGUCCUCCGCAAACGAGGAGGAUCCCUUCCUCCAAGUCCAACAGUAGGCAUCCCUUUCCUGCAGCGUCCCCGACAGAGGCACCUUGAAGAACGUGAUGCUGACGACGACCGCCACAGAGACGUCCUCGCCCAGCUGGACUCGACCCGGCCCCUCUUCACCUCGUACCUGCGCAUCCGCUCCCUCUCCACGUCCCCGACGUCCCCUGAGCUCGCGUCCGCCCGCUCCGACCUCGAAUCGGCCCUCGAGUCGCUGGCCGAGGACCUCGCCGACCUCGUCGAGUCCGUCAAGGCCGUCGAAUCAGACCCCUCGGCCUUUGGCCUCUCCGCCUCGGAAAUCACCCGGCGCAAACGGCUCGUCCAGGAUGUCGGCGGCGAGGUCGAGGACAUGCGCGAGGAGCUCGCCAAGAAGCUCGGCGACGCCGCCUCGUCGUCCAAGGGGAAAUCCGGCGCCAACUCGGACCUACCCGACCCGAGCUCCUUCGCGAUAGCCGACGGCGACGACCGCGACCGCGGCGGCGAGGACUACGCCGCCGAGUUUGAGCAGCAGCAGCAGCUCGAGAUGAUGCGCGAGCAGGACACGCACCUCGACGGCGUUUUCCGCACGGUGGGCAACCUGCGCCGGCAGGCCGACGACAUGGGCCGCGAGCUCGAGGAGCAGCGUGAGAUGCUCGAGGUCGUCGACAGCGUCGCCGACCGUGUCGGCGGCCGCCUGCAGACGGGCGUGCAGAAGCUGCAGUACGUCAUGCGCCGCAACGAGGACCGUCUCAGCAGCUGCUGUAUCGCCGUGCUCAUAUUCGUGCUGAUUGUGCUGCUGGUGCUGCUGCUGAUCUUGUAA